AUGUGGAACGGAGCACCGAUCGCUAGGGUAAGCGCACCAAGCCGCGCCUUCGGGUUGCAUCCAUCGUCACCAUGCGCCUUGUCCAAUACUGUGACAGCUGUUGGAAAGCGCAUGAUGCACUUGUUGUACGCAGAUAAGGCACCUCAGCAUCUCAUGUGUUUUCAGGUACCCAGGAUCAAUCCAGAGCUUUGCUUCCAUUCUCAUGACGCCCACCUGCUAAGAAUAUCCGGUGUAUCGAAAGGGAAAGUGCCUAGAACACGCAGCGAGACCUGUGCUCAGUCGGCACCACUGAGGUACGGCGAUUCGAGAUCUCAUCCUCGCCAAGUAUUUUCAGCAGGCUUGCUGACGAUGUACGUUGUUGCCAAGGAAGGGGCUUAUCUGACGGCAGCCGCAGCUUUCGGCAUUUCCCAACAUCCCCCUGCUCUUGCGUCUCAGCCCGAUGCCUUCACUAUCCUAUCGUCGGUCAAGGCCCAUCUUCCGCUGCCCGAGGAUUGCGACCCCUCCGAUGUCCAAACACGUGGAAGCAAAGGCGAUCAAACCGUCCAACUAAGCAUCCGCACACCCGACCCGAUUUGCCAAAUCUUGUCACUAAAACGGCACCAGUGGCACAAGAAAGAUCAGCACCGACGCAGGACGCGCAAUGCUUCCAUGUUUUCUCCUUGCCAAACUCGGAAGGAUUUGAUCUUGAGCCUUGCGAUCCGCCCGCUCUCGACGCCAUGUCCAGAAGAUGAAACUUUGCUACUGCAAGGUAUGAGCUCACAGCAAUACAGUAACGAUGCCUUUCAAUCCGAAAUCUGCAUUCCCAAGAUGACUGUUGUCUACUUUGGACGGUUGGAAGUCGUGUCAUUCGGGUGCGGCGCAGCCCUUCAACAUCUGCAACACGGACAAGUUGAGAUACGGAUACCGGCUGACUUGCAGGCCUGUUUGUGUCAAAGCUGCAACCCUGAAUUCCGUCUACGGCCAGUGAUGGCCGAGUAUUUCUCAGCAGGUCACAGACAGCACACAAAACACCAAGGUGCACAAAUUCAAGAAAUCAUCGAAUCGUACAUGGGCGUUGCCAGUGUAGAAACCGAAAGCAGCUUCAAAGUUGCGUCACUUGGUGUGGCUCAGGGAUCUACCCCACGCUUCAACCACAUCGCCAAGCCAAAAGCAUCCCAAUGGCUUCUGCUUGACAGCACUCGCUUGACUUGGCGGGAAUCUAAGCAUCACAGAGUCGGACUUACACCCAUCAACUGCGUUUACACCCUCGCAAAACACUGCCAGUGUACUCCCAAUAUCAACUGGACCGUUCGAUACAAUAACGGCAUGGUUGAUGCGCCCAGUACUGGAUACAACGGCGGCCAGCUUCGCCAUGCUGUAAAAGCAACCCCAGCCUGUCGCGACGCCGCCAGCGAAACUCAAAUCCCCGAUGAUCUCUAUUUUACUACUCCGUAUCAUACCAACCUGAGCUCACACCGUUACCGGUGUGGGGCCGAGUGCGGGGCUUCACCUUGCCGAUGGGAGGUUUUUGCUCCCGUUUCCCAGGUUGACCAACAGUCUUACACAGCAAUUGCACUAAAUGGGCCGCCCGCGAGUCGGGGAAAGGUCCACUGUAACGCUGAGCUUAGGCGAUGGUGCAACUAUCAUCCCGCGCCGUAUAUGAGUUGUUCCGGCGACCUCCACCUCCGCAACCACCACGGCCACGAUUUACUCAUAAUCCCACGACAUGCUCAAUUUCGACUCCAAUGGCCCACGAGCAGGCUAGCCGACUACCUUAUUUCUGCGUUGGGUCAACACUUCUCAGCACAAUGUAACAUCACGGGUCCCAAUCCCCCGGUUACCUCAAUUCCAGCUAGAUUCACCAGCAGCGGCCACUCUGCCCAGGACCCCAGGUUACUGCAAGCUGGCGGGUACGAGUUUUGCGCAAAUGACGCCAAGUUCUAUCUAGUCUCGCCCUGUUCUUCCACAAACCCAACGUGGUCAAUACUGCCCUGCCUUGGUAAUACUUUGUCCGCCAGGUUCAAACGGAUUGCCAACAAGUUCGUCGCGCGACAAGCAAGAAAGGGACGAUUGGCAAAAAACAUUGCAAAGAGAGACUUCCAGCAUCGACGACAUUGCAACCAUCCGAUAUUGAAAUCAUCAGCAUCGCUCAGAACAUGGCCCUCGGCCCCCUGGCUCAUGAAACAAUUCGCACACUUAUUUGAUGCCAAAGUAACGAGAUCCUUCAUUAUGCAGCCCGGUAGUCAGAAAAAUGCCCCAAAAUGCAUCGACAACAUGCUCCAGAUCCUCAAGGCCAGCAAUCCGAUGUCCUGGGAAUCACCGUAUGCACCCCUCCCUCCACGCGGAGCAGCAUUUUGGACGCCGGAGCAUUCGGGUUUUCGUUGUUUGUUACUUAUCAUCUGCGCAAAUCGAUCCUGGAGGAUGAAAACCUGCCGUGUACCGAAGCCUCUCGACGUUCAGGGAAAACCCGCCCGGGGCAAGCUUGAAAGCAAGAUAGAGGACAUCACCAGCGAGCCUGGCUCAAUAUCCCGACUGACAUUCCUUGUCUUCACCGUUUACGAAAUCCCCCCGGCGUCUUGGUCUUGGAAAUCUUGGCAGCUAGUCAUGGCUUUUUUCGGUUUCCCGAACGUUCAGAUUACCGCCAAGAAGGUCCCAAGGCUCUGGGACCCAGGCCAGGCUUGA